CUGUUGUCUAUUCUCUUUCCAAGUUACUAUAGUUUAGUAUUUUUCCUCUAAACUCUUAUAUCCCCUCUUACCUUCUCCUUCGUUUUCCUUUUCCUUUGCUGUCUUUCCCCUAAUCCUCAUCUUCUCCUUUCCAUCUCCCAAGCCAGUCUUGAUCUCUGUGCUCCAUGGCUGAGACUCUUUCUCCAUCAAUCUCGCCCAUUCUCUUGCUUGCUCGUCUCUGCCAAUUUCAUGAACUUAGAUUUGUGAAUAUGUACCGGCAAUACAUGAGAAGAAGACGUAGAAAACGACACCAUUCUGGUUGUGGCUUUGCUUGCGGUAUUCAAGCACUUCUGCCACGUGCUGUGGCUGGACUGCUUAUAUCACCAAAAUGGAAUUUGGAACAGAAGGUUUUCGAAAGAUUUAGCAAAGAUUUAAAUAUGGAAGAGGCAAACAAUAGCAGGAUGCAUGGGUCUCAUUACCAGGAUAUGAUAUCUCAGUUAAAACAGAAGUCAACUGUUCUCAACCAUGUCAAACCUUUCCCUAAGCAGAACUCUUCCUUGGAUCUCUAUGAAGAUUCUGCUGGAGAAACCUCUGUUUAUAAUAGCAAGAGGAAUCAAAGAAUGAGCUCUAAGCAUGGUGUUGAAGGGAUGAGGAUUGAUUCUGUCACUAACCAUCGUGGACACCAUGAUGGGAAAAUUGAAAGUGAGAUGCAUGAUUAUGCUAAUGUCAGCCCCAAUGUCAUCCAAAGGAGUGAAUACUUCAAAUUUAAGUCUCCAAAUUUGAUACAUAACCGCUUUGAGUCGCUUGACACAGAAGAGAGAGGGCUAUCUACAAGGAUGAAAAAGGAGGAGAAAGUUAAUCGAAAAUGGAAGGGUAUAAAAGAACAUGGCAACCAAGUUAAAUUAAAGAUGCAUUCAACAAAUGAAAUUAAAAUUCCAAAACGAGUCAGACAUGAUCUUCUGCAGCAAGACUAUGUGACAAAAGCACCAUUCACUGAAAUGCAAACACGGAAAUUUGAGCAAAGGAUCUGUCAUGGAGAUGCCUUCUAGCUUCAGUGAGGAUGAAACUGCAGAAAACAACUCUUCCCAGGAAUUAGGUGCCAGUAGUUGAUUGAUGUUAGAAAGCUUUAGGGUCCUCCAAGCUAUGGCCAUGUAUAGUUCAAUGGAGAAUCACUUUUUUGGUAGUAACAAGGGAAGCAUCGUUUAGCAUUAUGACUAUCAGCAGCAAACUUUUUGGUCAAUAGUGGCUACCAAUUGUUUUUGCAGUUGUAGGGUCACUGUUUAUUAGUGUAGAAAGAAUUCCUUUUUAUUUUUUUAUUAAUUUGACUGCUUCACAGAGAAAAUGAUGCAGAUAAAAAGUUUGUUUGUAAGAUUCUUCUGCUUGGAUCCACCGACUGUUCAGGGACUAUCGAAAUCAAAGCUCACAAAAACAACGCUGCCCUUUUGUUGUA